AUGAAGACUGACGGCGUCAGUAAAGAGGUGUCCCCUCCACCAACUCAGUAUAGGAAGCCUGCAUUGUCUUGGGGAGUGAAGAUCAAGCCGAAGCUGGAGAUAAUCCCUCCCUACCUGGGCAAAUACAGACCCCGUGUGGGCCAAUGCUGUCACCAGUGCACCCCAGACAGCCUGAACAAGAAGCUAGGAAAAAACUCUCCAUCCCUUGGUCUCCAGAGCAUCCUGAAUAUCAACGAGACACACACCAGAUACCGUGGCUGGCUGGUGCGAAGGGUUUGCUGUGUACUGUUUGUGAGGGGAUGCAAGGUUUACCCAAGUCCAGUACGCGACAGACUGGCUAGAGUCUGUCAGAGUAACAGGGUGCAAGACGCUCUUACAGCAGAGCACACAGCACCUGUGCAGGGGGACAGCCAAGAGCAACUCAAGCAGCUCUCCGCAUACCUGCCCCUCAUCAAUACCUCAAUUUCUGCUGGUUUUCUACGAUGUUUGGGCUGGGUGAUGUUAAAGACACUCAGAUCAGUGUUCUGCAGCAUCCAGGUUAACCUUAACCACAUAAGAGCUUUGCAUCAGGCCUCAGAGCAGGGCUCCCUGCUGAUGUAUGUGUGUAUGCGUCAGAGCAUCAUGGACUGUGCUCUCCUCUCCCUCGUUCUCUUCUGCCACAAGCUGAGAGUCCCUUACACUCUCUGCUCCUUACAGAUUAACAGCUCCUUGCUACGGUCAGUCCUGAGAAAAGUGGGCGUGGUCCCGCUGCCGCCUGGCACACCGACUGAACAGGACGCUGAGAUGGACGGCCUGUACUCGCCAGUCAUGACCUCGCUGGUCGGUGAGCUGCUAUGUGAGGGCCAGGCGAUAAGUGUCAGCGUGGCGUGCAAGUCUGGCCAAGGUGGGCAGUGGCUGGCACGUGUCAGACAGCUCGUCAAAGAGGGAGCUGUGUCCGAUGUCUGCCUGGUCCCCGUGGGCAUCGCCUACGACUGUGUCCCUAACAACUUAGAGGUCAGCUUGAAAUCUGCUUUACUGAGCUUGUGGUCUCUUCUUUGUGGGAGAUCACGCAGCGGUAGUGUCAGGAUCCACCUUGCAGAGCCCUUCUCUCUCAAGGAGAUGUGCGAGACGGGAAGACGCAGAAUGGAUGGAUGGCGCCCUCUACAGGACUUGUUGCUGCCUGCCAUACUCAACAACAGAAGGGAUGCUAUACUUGGGCAGCGGAAGAUGUCGUGGCUCCUUCCCUGUCAUUAUGUGCCUGAACUUGUUCAGUCAGAGAGAGACCUCAGCGUUGCCCUCACCCUCCACCUCAUCCACUCGACAACAUCCUGCAUGGCUGUGAUGUCCACCAGUCUGGUGUCCAGCCUUUUGCUCCACAGACACCGGAAGGGUGUGUGCGUAUCUGCCUUGUGCCGCGAUGUGUCAUGGCUGAUAGAAGAAGUCUUGUUCAGAAACAAAGACGUGGGCUUUGGGGGCAGUUUGGUGGAGUUGGUCCACCACUCUCUCACUCUGCUCACCCCUCAUCUUACAAUUGUAGCUGUGCCUUCCAGGAGAGACCCGUUGAUAGUUAUUCGUCCUACCAUCCCUGCUAUCCGCAGCCUCUCUAACCACGCUCAGAUUGUCACCCACACAUUCAUAUUAGAGGCUGUUGGCGCAUGUGCCGUGUCCGCCAUGCUGAGCGAAGUGGCCGGCAGAGGCGUCAGCGGCAGGGUGAGGAGGGAUGGGGUGGAGGGCGACGAGGUCAAAGGCAGCUUGGAGUUUGAUGUGGUGCUCUGCCAGGAGGAACUUACAGAGAAGGCCCUGCAGCUCUGCCAUCUUCUGCCUCCGGGUUUCAAGCCACCGUGUCAGUCUUCUCAGGAUUUUGCUGUGGAUGCAUUUGACAGUCUAGUACGCUGUGGUGUCCUGAUCAUGGAAGAGGUUCCUGAUGACCCUGUCUGUGAUUUCUGGAAAAGGAACAACUCAGUUUUUUGGCUCUCCACUGACAACCAAUACAACAGUGACUCGGAGUAUGAGAAGCAGAGCACACAGUCCUACAAGAUAAGCCAGCCGUCAAAUUGUCCAGAGAUGCUCUUCUACCUCUGCAGUAUGCUUGCCAGCUAUCUUAGAGCACUGCGCUGGGCCACGGAGGGGCUUGAUCUCCUGCACAAACCUCUUCCAGAAGCCGAGUGUGUAGCCCAAUUACACUCAUAUCUGCACGACUUGGCAAAGAAAGAAAAGGACAGUCGCUACUAUGAGAGCUGCACAGAGGAGAUGGCUCGCACUGCAGUUAGGACACUGGCAGACUUAGGGGUCCUUGUAGUGGAGCAGCGAGGGCACGAGGUGGCCCUAGGGGUUAGUCCCCUCUUCCAGCUAGCAGACAACAGGCAGAAACUGCACCGCUUCAUCUCACAGUACAUCUGCAAUUAG